UUAGCCAACAUUUGUUUCUAUUUGGAUGGUCAAUUUAGAUGAUCAAAGUGAACUCCAGCAUUCAAGGCAACCCAUCUCCAGCUUUCUGAUUAAAGGAUCGGUUCUUCCAUUCCAAACUGUAAUCCAUAACUCCGGAAAAGAUGAUGGAGAUGAUGGUAAGCACAAGAAUUUAUCCAUGUCAGCACCAUCGAGUCAGCAAUCCCUACACAAAGAAGAACAUGUUCAGAGGAACGAUUCAUUCUCAUCACCCUUGCUGGAUAAACAGUGUCGACGUUUUUCACUUGCUGAAAUUAGGUUGGCCACCAAUGAUUUUGAUGAUGCAUUUGUAAUCGGAAAGGGCGGGUUUGGGAAUGUAUACAAAGGUAGAGUUGACUUUGGGAAAAGAAUUGAUGUUGCCAUUAAGAGGUUGAAUCUUGAAUAUUCGAGUCAAGGGGCAACCGAGUUUCGGGCAGAGAUUGAGAUGCUUUCCAAGUUUCGCCAUAGUCACAUCGUGUCUCUACUAGGAUAUUAUGAAGGAUCUACGGAAAAAGAGAUGAUCCUUGUUUACGAAUACAUGCGGAAUGGGAGUCUUGGGGAUCAUUUGCACAAAAGAAAAGGUAAUGUAAGUAAUUCAUCUCAGCUGACAUGGAUCCAGAGACUCAAUAUUUGCAUAGAUGCUGCUCGUGGUUUGGACUACCUCCAUACAGGUACAGGUGUUGAAUCUAGAGUCAUACACCGUGACAUCAAGAGCUCAAACAUCUUGCUGGAUGAGAAUUUGGUAGCGAAAAUUUCUGACUUCGGGUUGUCCAGGAUUGGUCCAGCUAAGCUGGUGGGGACCACUAAUGUUUAUACCGAUCAGAUCAAAGGCACAUUUGGGUACAUGGAUGCCGAGUAUUUCACAACUCAGAGACUGACACGAAAGUCUGACGUGUAUGCAUUUGGUGUGGUGUUAUUGGAAGUGCUGUGUGGUAGACCUGCUCUGGAUUUUACAUUGGGUGAGGAGCAACACAGCCUAUCUGUAUGGGCGAAAAAGUGCAUCAGAAAAGGUAAGAUUGAUCGAAUCAUUGAUCCCUAUUUGAGGGGGAAAACGAGAGCUAAAUGUUUGAAGGACUUUGGGAAAAUUGCAUAUGAAUGUCUCCUUGCAUGUUCAAAGGAUCGACCUACAAUGACUAAGGUGUUAGCUAAGCUUGAGCUUGUGUUAUCGUGGACAUUGCAAAGUGAGAUGAGUUCUCGUGAUCAAAAAGACAUUGGAAAAUCUAUAUUUAUUGAGAAGGCAUGGUCAUUGUUCUUGAUUAAAGCUCCAAUAAAAGGUCGUGUGGGUGCUAGAAAGAAACUUGGGCAAAGCAUCAACAACAUUAAGAAAGGCAUGAUGAUGGAAAAGCAUGCCACCACGUUUGUUGAGGGUGGCGUUGCAACUGCUUCUCAGCAGGUGGUGCUACCUGGUAAAGAGACAAAGAUACCAGUCUUGAAGAUGUUCACGUUUUCUGAGCUUCGGAGUGCCACUAGGAAUUUUCGGCCUGACAUGCUGGUUGGGGAGGGUGGUUUUGGGAGGGUGUAUAAAGGGUGGUUGGACAGUGUGACUUUUGUCCCACGGAAGGCUGGUGUUGGGUUAGCUGUGGCCAUCAAGAGACUCAACCCUGAAAGUGGUCAAGGUUUCUCUGAGUGGCAGGAGUUUAAUGUGAAGCUCUCGGAUUUUGGACUAGCAAAGUUAGGUCCAGUCAAUGGAGAAUCUCAUGUGUCAACACGCAUUAUGGGCACCUACGGUUAUGCAGCUCCUGAGUACAUAGCCACCGGUCGUUUAUAUGUGAAGAGUGAUGUUUAUGGUUUUGGAGUGGUGAUGCUAGAGAUGAUUACCGGGUUAUUUGCAGUUGACAAAAGCCGGCCUAACUCACAACAUUUGGUGGAGUGGGCUAGACCUUCCUUAAACAGUAUCAAAAAACUACAGAAAAUCAUGGAUCCACGGUUGGAACAGUUUUAUCCAUCAAAAGGUGCAAUGGAAGUAGCGAAACUCAUCCUAAACUGUCUUGAGCCAGAUCCAGUGUGUCGGCCUUCAAUGGAGAAAGUGGCGGCAUGUUUAGAAGAGAUCAACACAAUCAAAUUAUAACCAAGGAAGUCAAGAGGCUAAGACAUGGUACUCGAGGAUCCCAACCAUGAACAAAAGGUUUGGUAAUCAUGGAGUGGAUCGAUCAAUUACCCAUCUGAAUAAUAUCAAUGGAAUUAUCAUCAAGGUUUUGCAAUUUAUGUUAAUUAGUGUGUAUCUUGUAGAUGCAUGCAUAUUCUAGAUGUAUUUUUAUUGCAUUUGUAACAUCAUUGUUAGGUCAUCUUAUGUGUAAUGUAGGCUCAUAUCCACUUGUAUUUUAUAUAUAUAUGUUUUCCGGUAAGAACUUGUCAAUCAUGAGAUUUUUUUUCA